UGCUCUUAAACUCAGCACGGAAGAGAAAGACUCAAACGUUUCAGCUGUUGUCUUAUGCUGAAGCAAUUUUGAGCAUGUGGGACUAUCUACUCCUGAUUUCCAGCAUCUGUUCAGUUGUUGCUGGUUCUCCAAAAACAGUCACGGGAUACAGAGGACACAGACUUGACAUCAGAUGCAGCUAUGAAGCUGGAUAUGAAUCAAACUCAAAGUAUUUCUGUAAAGGUGAGUGUAUCUAUGGAUUCAGAAACAUCAUGGUUGAAUCAGGAUCUCCAGCUAAAGACGAGAGAUUCUCUCUGACUGAUGACAAGAGCAGAAGAGUUUUCACCGUCAGCAUCAGUGACCUGAGACCAGAAGAUGAGGGACAAUACUGGUGUGUUGUGGAGAGGAGUUCCUUUGAUGUCUAUUCAGAGAUACUGCUGCAGGUCAGACGGGAUAAUAAGACCACUGAGGUUUCGACUGUCGGCUCUUUUUCAAUCACACCGUCAUAUUUCAGCACAACAGAACAGAAACAACACUCUACCAGCAUCACCAUCACAGAAAGAAGAGAGACCUCCACAGAUCAAAUCUUCUGGACAGGUUCCUUUGUGAUCGUGGUCUCUGCAGAGCUCCUGGUUUUACUCCUGGUAGGACUUCCACUGAUCGGAGCGGCUCUGUGGAAAGAAGAAGAAGAACAACGGUCUGCUGGCGUUUUCAGUCGUAGAGUUUAAUCCAGCGGUAUAUGAACAGGUGAGUGUGUGUGUGUG